UACUGGGCUGUGAUGCAGGAGAAUUAUGAGGCUGUGAGCUGGCUGGGAUUUCCAGUUUCUACAGCUCAUGUGAUCUCCUGGGUGGAGCGAGGGGAGGAGCUGCGGGUCCCAGUUCUCCAGGGCUGUGAAGAAGGGAAGAUCAUCAGCAACACCCACACAGCAGGUGAUGGAAUGGUGAGUGAGAACAAUGAGGAGAGUCUUCAUGAGGAAAGUCCGGAACAAGUGGCUCCACAUGGGAUGUUACUGGGAAGAUCUAAAGGGCAUGUUUCUCAGAGUCCUGAGCAGGGAGAGACCUGUGAGAGUCAGCCUACUCCAGAAAGGCAGCAGGGAAACCAUGUGGUGGAGGGACAGGAUAAAUCCAGGGACAGGAGCAGAGGGGUAAAAAGGAACAAAGAAACUGUUCUACAGAAAAUCCCCCAUCGAGAAGGACCCUACACUUGCAGUGAUUGUAGAAACAGUUUCCAAUGUAGACAGGUCCUCAUUUUACAUCAGAGAAUCCACACAAGUGGGAACCCUUUCAACUUGUCUGACUGUAAGAAUAAUUUCAGUCAGAAUUCAAAGCUUAUUUCCCAUGAGGGAAUGCAUCCAGCUGAGAAAAUCUGUGACUGCACUGCCUGUGGGAAAAGCUUACAUUCCCAAUCAAGUGUUACUGAACACCAGAGAAACGACAGAGUAGAGAAACCCUUCAUUUGCUCUGACUGUGGGAAAAGCUUCAGUCGGCGCUCAAGUCUUGUUAGACAUAAGAGAAUACACACAGGAGAGAAACCCUUUAACUGCUCUGCCUGUGGGAAAAGCUUCACGCAGAGCUCAAGUCUGAACAUUCAUCAGAGAAGCCACACAGGAGAGAGACCCUUUCAGUGCUCUACCUGUGGGAAAAGAUUCAGUCGGCGCUCAUUCCUUAUUCAACAUCAGGUAAUACAUACCAGUGAGAUGCCCUAUAACUGUUCUGACUGUGGGAAAAGCUUCCAGCAGCGCUCAAGUCUUAUUAGUCAUCAGAGAACCCACACAGGCGAGAAGCCCUUCAGCUGCUCUGACUGUGGGAAAACCUUCAGUGAGAACACAAACCUCAUUCAGCAUCAGAGAAUCCACACAGGGGAGAAACCCUUUAGCUGCUCUGACUGUGGGAAAAGCUUCAGUCGGCGCUCAAGUCUUCUUCAUCAUCAGAGAACCCACACAGGUGAGAAACCCUUCAACUGCUCUGAGUGUGGGAAAACCUUCAGUCAGAACACAAACCUCAUUCAACAUCAGAGAAUCCACACAGGGGAGAAACCCUUUAGCUGCUCUGACUGUGGAAAAAGCUUCAGUCGGCGCCCAUGUCUUCCUCAUCAGAGAAUCCACACAGGGGAGAAACCCUACAACUGCUCUGACUGUGGAAAAAGUUUCAGUCAGCACUCAAAUCUUAUUAAUCAUCAGAGAACCCACACAGGGGAGAAACCCUACAACUGCUGUGACUGUGGGGAAAGCUUCAGUCAGGUCUCAAGCCUUAUUAUUCAUCAGAGAACCCACACAGGAGAAAAGCCCUUCAGGUGUUCUGAUUGUGGGAAAAACUUCAGUCAGAGGUCACACCUUGUUAGACAUAGGAAAACCCACACAGGAGAGAAAUCUUAUAACUGCUCUGACUGAGGAAAAAGGUUCAAUCUGAGUGCAAUUACUGCAAAGGCCAAGAGAGCCCUCUACAGGGACGUGAUGCGGGAGAAUUACGAGGCUGUGAGCUGGCUGGGAUUUCCAGUCUUCAAAGCUCAUGUGAUCUCCUGGAUGGAGCAAGGGGAGGAGCUGUGGAUCCCAGAUCUCCAGGGCUCUCAGGAAGGGGAGAUCAUCUGCAACACACACACAGCAGGUGAUGGGACGCUGAGUGAGAACAAUGUGGAGAGUCUUCCGGAGGAAGAACCAGAGCAAAAGGCUCCAUGUGGGAUGUUAUUUGGAAGAUCUGAAGGGCAUGUUUCUCACAAACAUGAGCAAGAAGAGACCCAUGGGAGUCAGCGUAGCCCAGAAAGGCAGCAGGGAAACUAUCCAGAGAAGAAACAGGGUAAAUCCUGUCAUAGGAGCAGAGGGGUAAAAAGAAAUACAGAAACUAUUCAACAGAAAAUCCCCCAUCAACAAAUACCAUCCACUUACAAUGACUGUGCAACUCCUAUUGAACAUCGAAGAAACCACACAGGAAAGAAGCCCUUCAACUGCUCCGACUGUGGGAAAAGCUUCAGUAGGAGCUCACAUCUUGUUAGACAUCAAAGAACUCACACAGGAGAGCAACGUUUCAACUGCUCUGACUGUGGGAAAAGCCUCAGUGACAGGUCAGACCUUGAUAGACAUACAAGAAUACACACAGGAGAGAAACCCUUCAACUGCUCUGACUGUGGGAAAAGCUUCAGUAAAAGGUCAGACUUUGAUAGACAUACAAGAAUACACACAGGAGAGAAACCCUUCAACUGCUCUGACUGUGGGAAAAGCUUCAGUAAAAGGUCAGACUUUGAUAGACAUACAAGAAUACACACAGGAGAGAAACCCUUCAACUGCUCUGACUGUGGGAAAAGCUUCAGUAAAAGGUCAGACUUUGAUAGACAUACAAGAAUACACACAGGAGAGAAACCCUUCAACUGCUCUGACUGUGGGAAAAGCUUCAGUAAAAGGUCAGACUUUGAUAGACAUACAAGAAUACACACAGGAGAGAAACCCUUCAACUGCUCUGACUGUGGGAAAAGCUUCAGUAAAAGACAGGUCCUCAUUUUACACCAGAGAAUCCACACAGGCGAGAAACCCUUCAACUGCUCUGUGUGUGGAAAAAGCUUCAGUCAGAAUGCAAACCUGAUUAAACAUCAGAGAAUCCACACAGGGGAGAAACCCUUCAGCUGCUCUGACUGUGGGAAAAGCUUACAUUGCCAAUCAGGUGUUAUUAAACACCAGAAAAACCACAGAAUAGAGAAGUCCUUCAUCUGCUCUGACUGUGGGAAAAGCUUUAGUCAGUGCUCACACCUUGUUAGACAUAGGCAAAUCCACACAGGGGAGAAACCCUUCAACUGCUCUGUGUGUGGAAAAAGCUUCAGUCAGAAUGCAAACCUGAUUAAACAUCAGAGAAUCCACACAGGGGAGAAACCCUUCAACUGCUCUGUGUGUGGAAAAAGCUUCAGUCAGAAUGCAAACCUGAUUAAACAUCAGAGAAUCCACACAGGGGAGAAACCCUUCAACUGCUCUGAUUGUGGAAAAAGCUUCAGUGAGAAGCCAGACCUUGUUAAACACAGGAGAAUCCACACAGGAGAGAAACCGUUCAGCUGCUCCGAGUGUGGGAAAAGCUUCAGUCAUAGGUCAGACCUUGUUAGACAUAGGAGAAUCCACACAGGUGAGAAACCCUUCAACUGCUCUGAUUGUGGAAAAAGCUUCAGUGAGAAGCCAGACCUUGUUAAACACAGGAGAAUCCACACAGGAGAGAAACCGUUCAGCUGCUCCGAGUGA